CGGCGGCGGGCGAGGGUGAGAGGUGAGCGGUAGCCACCCCGGGAGGAGGAUGGUGGGAGCGGCGGCGCCCUGCGCUCUGGUUGGAAGUGCUUUGGACACAUUAGUUUAAUAUCCAGUUCCUGGGUGAUUUGGAUCCAAGAUCCUAUAAGACAAUGUCAACUGGAAGGAUACGAACAAAAAAAAAGUCAUCCUCUUUGGACCAGUCUCCAGAUAACCUUCCUUUGAGGAGUUCUGGGAGACAGGUGAAGAAGAAGGCGGCUGAAGCAGCAGAGGAUGAUGAUGACGCAUCAGAGAAGAAAUAUAGAAAAUGUGAAAAAGCAGGGUGCACUGCAACAUGUCCUGUUUGCUUUGCAAGUGCUGCUGAAAGGUGUGCUAAAAAUGGCUACACAUCUAGAUGGUAUCAUCUCUCUUGUGGGGAACAUUUCUGCAAUGAGUGUUUUGAUCACUAUUAUCGUAGCCAUAAAGAUGGUUAUGAGAAAUACACUGCUUGGAAAAGGAUUUGGACCAGUAAUGGUAAAAGUGAGCCCAGUCCUAAAGCUUUCAUGGCUGAUCAACAACUUCCUUACUGGGUGCAGUGCACAAAACCAGAGUGUGGGAAAUGGCGUCAGCUGACAAAGGAAAUCCAGCUGACAUCGCAAAUAGCAAAAACAUACCGAUGUGGUAUGAAACUGAACAAUUCUACUAAGAUUGAGGGCUCGGACCAGUGUUCCAUGCCUGAGGAUCUGAGAGUUGCUGAAGUUUCAGACCAUUGGUGGUACUCCAUGCUCAUCCUCCCUCCUUUGCUUAAAGAUAGUGUGGCAGCUCCUUUUCUCUCUGCGUACUAUCCAGACUGAGUAGGCAUGAGUCCCUCUUGUACCAGCACUAACCGAUUACUUGGUGAAUCCAACGCUGUGAAGUUAGAGCACAUAAAGAGUGCACCUAAUGUAGCUGGGAUGAACAGAUACUUCCAGCCCUUCUACCAGCCCAAUGAAUGUGGUAAAGCACUUUGUGUGAGACCAGAUGUCAUGGAAUUAGAUGAGCUCUAUGAGUUCCCAGAAUAUUCACGAGAUCCUACCAUGUACCUAGCUUUGAGAAACCUCAUCCUGUCUUUGUGGUACACAAGUUGCAAAGAAGUUCUUACCCCUCACAAAUGUACUCAUCGCAUCAUUGUGCGGGGGCUUGUGCGUAUUCGCUGUGUCCAAGAGAUGGAGAGGAUACUUUAUUUUAUGGCACGAAAAGGGCUGAUUAAUACAGGGAUUUUGUCAGUCAGUUCUGACCAACAUCUUCUUCCCAAAGAAUACCACAAUAAAUCUGUCAUUAUUGUUGGGGCUGGUCCAGCAGGAUUAGCAGCUGCAAGACAACUGCACAACUUUGGAAUUAAGGUCAUUGUGCUAGAAGCGAAAGACAGAAUUGGCGGGCGUGUGUGGGACGAUAGGACUUUCAAAGGAGUCACUGUAGGAAAAGGAGCACAGAUCGUGAAUGGCUGUGUCAACAACCCGAUAGCACUAAUGUGUGAGCAACUUGGCAUUAAAAUGCACAAACUAGGGGAGAGAUGUGAUUUGAUCCAAGAAGGUGGAAGGAUAACUGACCCCACUAUAGAUAAGCGCAUGGACUUUCAUUUCAAUGCCAUCCUGGAUGUUGUCUCAGAAUGGAGAAAAGAUAAGACCCAGCAUCAAGAUGUCCCUCUUGGAGAGAAGAUACAGGAGAUCUAUAAGGCUUUUAUUCAGGAGUCAGGUAUCCAGUUCAGUGAUUUGGAGGAAAAAGUACUACAGUUCCACCUCAGUAACUUGGAGUAUGCCUGUGGCAGUGACCUCCAUCAGGUAUCUGCACGCUCAUGGGACCACAAUGAAUUUUUUGCCCAGUUUGCUGGAGAUCACACCCUUUUAACACCAGGGUAUUCUACCAUCAUAGAUAAACUGGCUGAAGGGGUUGAUGUUCGACUUAAGCUUCCGGUACACAGUAUAGACUAUUCUGGGGAAGAAGUCCAGGUCACUACAGCAGAUGGAACUGUGUGGACAGCACAAAAGGUUUUGGUUACGGUGCCACUGGCCCUUCUUCAGAAAAAUGCCAUUCAGUUUAAUCCACCACUGCCAGAGAGAAAAAUGAAAGCCAUUAACAGUUUGGGAGCAGGAGUCAUUGAGAAGGUUGCCUUGCAGUUUCCUUAUAGAUUUUGGGACAGCAAAAUUCAAGGAGCUGAUUUUUUUGGUCACGUUCCACCUAGUUCCAGCAAACGUGGGCUUUUCAGUGUGUUCUAUGACAUGGAUCCACAGGGUAAAUAUAGUGUUCUAAUGUCAGUAGUUACCGGAGAUGCUGUGACAACCAUUAAGAAUUUAGAUGACAAACAAGUACUACAACUAUGCAUGACUGUACUUCGAGAGCUGUUUAAGGAGCAGGAAGUUCCAGACCCAGUUAAGUACUUUGUUACACGAUGGAACAAAGAUCCCUGGAUCCAGAUGGCAUAUAGUUUUGUAAAGACAGGUGGCAGUGGUGAGGCUUAUGACGUUAUAGCUGAAGACCUACAAGGAACAAUCUUCUUUGCUGGUGAGGCCACAAACAGGCACUUUCCACAGACCGUUACUGGAGCUUACCUGAGCGGCGUUCGAGAAGCAAGCAAAAUAGCAGCAUUUUGAAUACUGACAUUUGUCUAUAUACUUUAAUUGUUUUCUGUGGGUAAGACUUCCUUCAAUUUCCCCUUUGCUAUCAUUCCCCCAAGUGGUACUAAAAACAGUAUGUGGUAUUUGAGGAUAAAAUCAUCAUCUUUGUUUAAUUUUCUUUUUCUUUCAAACCCUGGUACUACAUGAAGUCAUAGUUUUUCCUGAUGUCAUUUUCCCAACAAAGAUAUUAGUAACGUGUCAGCACUGACAUUGGAGUCUCUUGCUACUGUGGCACACACAGGCCUACUAGCAAAGCCUGCUGUGUGAUGCCUUUUUCUAUAUGGUUCAGCCCACGCUAUUGUAGUAAAACUACCUGUGUUGAAGAAGUUCAGAAUAAGAGAGCAAUUGAUUUCUAUACAGUAUUAAAACAUGGUGGAUUAUGGUGGGGCUCCUAAAUUCAUUUUGUUUUCAGGUUGAUCACGAUCAGAGUAGAACUUGAACAAACAAGCCAAAUCAUGGAAUGACAAUGGAGAUGGUUGUAAGAGAGAACAAAAUCAGUUCCAUCUCCCUACCCUACCCCCAAUAACCUCUGACAUUUUUUCAGUGUACUUACUGUCCACCAGUCCGGCUUUGGCAUCUCAAAUGUGUUCCUUUUUAAAUAAAAACUGCUGGAACAGUUUAUAGUGCAAUCAAAGGGUUAUUGAAGCUAAAAGAUUUUUCAAAAGGAAAAAAGCUAUGUUACGGUAAAAAUGUCUCUGAAAUGUUCUCCGUGCUGCGUAUUCGGAGUUGUACAUGUAGAGGAAUGAUCUUUAUGAUAAGAGUAAGUUUAGAUUUGCUUGGUGUUGAUCAUGUAAGUAGGGUAGUGCAAAAAAAUUGUAUGAGUUUAGAUGUUUUUUUUUCCUUUGAAAGUGAACUUCCAAAUUCACUUGAGCUAAGUAGGUGAAUCACUUACACACAAUUGAGAGCUUAAAUGGGGAUAAAGAGGGUGUAAGUUAUUAGUGGCUCAUUCAGCUUUUGUAUUUAAAAUAGGUGAAGAUGAAUGAGGUAAAAUAUUCAUGCUUUUUAUGAAGGGCUGAAAUAAGGUGGCUUGCACUUUGAUUUAGUUUAUUAUUUGACGGUAGUAUA